AGCGCAUCUCGACAGUUCCAUCACUUCAAAACACGACACCUGCGAAUCCUCCGCGGUCGCACAUCGCUGGUCGGUCUAGGACUAGCAGUUUCCAGCAAAGGGCGCGAGCUUUGAGCUUUGGCCUCGUACGUCCAGAGAGGACGAGUGCCUCGCCAAAAGCCAUAGACAAAGGGAAAGCAAUAGCUGUCAUGGCCGUGUCGGAGAGCGGAGACCCCAGGAGGUCUGUUUCCAAAGACCUGGAGAGAGGGCCUGAUGUACUCCCUCGACACAGCACCACCAUGUCUAUUCCCGAGGGUCUCUCUGCCAUUUCUUCCAGCAAUUCAUCCAUAAUGGGCGAUCCCGACCAGCAAGACCUGGGUGACGAGUGGGGACCACAACAUCCAUGCUACCCUCACCUCAACCCUCAUGUACCAAUCAACUCUGCCGAAUACACUGGCACGCGUAUAAUCAGGGUACGGAGGGACUGGUUGGUUGAAGGAGACCUGGCGCCCACGUUUUCGAAUCUGUACCCCGAAAUCCUCGACCCAGCCGGUGUGUCCGAGCAGGAGUUCCGACGGAUAAUCGAAAAGCUCAAUGGCGAAUUGGUGCCCAUCUUCAACCCAUACAACUGGAGAAAUAUGGUCGACGGCGUUCUUGGCCUCCUCACUGGAUGGAUCUGGGAUGAUCUAGGUCUGACCAAUACGAAGAGCCGACUGAAGAGCUUGGAAUCCUGGAUCGAUAAGUGGAAUAUCGAAAUGGAAAAGACUCUCGGAGCUGAGGACAGUAUCAUUGCGCCUAGGAUUAUCUCUCUGAGGAGGACUGGAUAUAUGAACGUGAGAGGACUCCCUCGCCUAUAGAUCUAAUAAGACAACUGACAAUCGCCUAGCUCGAUAUCCAGAUACCGGAUCCUGAAAUCGCCCCAGCAGCUAGUCAGCCCACGACAAGAUCUGGCCCACCCGAAAGCCCCGCUGCUGCAGGUACAACCGAAUACGCAGCCAACUCCCCUUGAAUGCAUAAUCCGCGAGCAUCAUACUCCCGCUUCCUAAUAUUAUACCCCCCCUAGCAUAUCUAAUUACGCGCUUAGUGCGCUGUACGAC